AUGGAAGGGAAGAACUGGACAGCUGUGGCGGAGUUUGUCCUCCUGGGCCUCACAAGUCACCUCCAUCAGAAGAUCACCAUUUUCUUCCUGCUUCUCUCUGUUUAUCUCAUCACACUGGGCAGUAAUUUGGGGAUGAUCACUCUCAUAUGGCUUGAUUCCAGACUCCACAAUCCUAUGUACUUUUUCCUUAGCCACUUGUCCUUUGUAGACAUUUGCUUCUCUUCCUCCAUCGCCCCCAAGACGCUGUGCCAUAUCUUUGUAGAGAAGAAGAGCAUCUCUUUUGUGGGCUGUGCUGCACAGAUGUGGUUCCUUGGUCUCUUUGUGACAACAGAAUGUCUUCUCCUGGCUGCCAUGGCCUAUGAUCGGUACACCGCCGUGUGUAAGCCCCUGCUGUAUACACUCGUCAUGUCCCCGCGGGUCUGUGUGCAGUUGGUGAUGGGGUCCUAUGCCAUAGCUCUUAUAAACACCAUGACCCAUACAGUGUUGACAUUUUCCUUACCCUUCUGUGGUCCAAACACAAUCAAUCACUUUUUCUGUGAUAUUUCCCCAUUGCUUUCUCUAGCAUGUGUUGACACUUGGAUCAAUAAUCUGUUGCUUUAUGUCUUGGCUGGAGCUUUAGGAGUGCUCAGCGGUGUAAUCAUCACAGUGUCCUAUGUGUGCAUCACAGUGGCCAUCCUGAAGAUCCAGACUGCCCAGGGCAGGUGGAAGGUUUUCUCCACAUGUUCCUCUCACCUGACCACCGUCUCAGUCUUGUAUGGGACACUUUUCUUCACCUAUGUCCGACCUAGCUCAGGCUCAUCUCUGAAUACCAAUAAAGUUAUUUCUGUGUUCUAUACCAUGGUCAUCCCUGGGUUGAAUCCCCUCAUCUACAGCUUGAGGAACAAGGAGGUGAAAGAGGCAUUUAAGAGAAAGGUAGAAAGGAAGCACUUUCUGACUGGUGGGUGA